AUGAAAUUACCAUUCGGUUUAAAGAAGCCUUCAAAAGGCACAGUAAUCUUCAGUGGUAUAGCUGGCGCUGUUAGUGGAAUUGUUUACGUCAGUAAUAAGAAAGCCGAAGAAGCCAGAAAAAUCAAUGCUUCAAAAGUAUCAUUUCUUGCUGAUAGACCUUGUGGGGUGCACGAAAUGCCUAGGAAAGUAUUGGUUUUCAUAUCUCCUCCACCUGGAGAUAGUAUUGAGAAGAGUAGAAACUGGUUCCGCGAAUAUGUCAAGCCAGUACUUGUUGCUGGGGCAGUGGAUUAUGAAGUCAAAGAAGCAAAAGAACCAGGGCAGAUUGAAAAUUCAGUGAUUGAGGAAAUUGUUAAGCGCCGACGUGAAGAUAGGGCAUCCAUAGUUGAUAAUACGACGCUAGAUAAUAGUAAUGGAAAUUUUAAGGAAACAACCACACCAACUACAGCAAUGUCGGUCAAUCUCGUACCUGAAGUUUCUUUGAAAAAAGAAAUUUAUUAUGAUGGUAUCUUAGCAAUAGGCAGAAAUGCAUAUAAGGAAGUUUUAAGCGGCUUUGCUAAAGGAUGUGAUGCCAGUCUUACUGUGACCGAGAACAAGUCCACAGGUGAUUCAUCAGCAGCAGCUACGGAUUUAAAGGAGAUAAGCAAUUCUUCUUCAGAAUCGACUGAUAAUGGUAGUGACGGAGCAGAAGAAGUUAGCAACGAACCAUUACCUGUCAUCAAGAACGAAGACGUUCUGCAAGAAUCGCAUGAUUUAAUAGAAGACGAAAUAAGCUUCUCCCUUCCCUCUAAGUUCUCACCAGUAAUGUAUAUUCCACAUGUCAAUAUUAUUGGUUGGUCAAACAUACCCUUCAGGCUGUAUAUGUGGUAUGCAGACUAUAAACGGAUUCAGGACGUUGGUAAAUAUGUUGUGGCUGCAGUGUUGAAUCAAACAAGGCCUAUUGAGCCCAGAGACGCAGACUUAGGUCAAAACGAAAAGAAGUAUUGGAUCGGCGAUGAUGAAGUUAAAGAGUUAAAAGAGAAUGAUAAACCAAUUGUUAUAGAUGAAAGAAUUAGAGAUAAAUUGACUACCUAUACAAGUGAUGAACUACCGUAA